AUGGCUGCAAUUGUCGAGAACUCGUCCAAUUCUUUGGACCCUAAUCAGUCCAACGGUGCUGCGGGCGACAUUCCAAACGAUGGUACAGGCGUUGUCAAGCUUGAUCCUUGGCUGGAGCCCUUCAGCGAAGCCUUGAGAAGACGUUACUCGAAAACCCAAGAUUGGAUUAAGACCAUCAAUGACACCGAGGGCGGCCUUGAGAAGUUCAGCAGGGGUGCUGAGAAAUUCGGAUUUAAUGUCGAUGCCGACAGCAACAUCGUGUACCGCGAAUGGGCCCCCAAUGCCACAGCGGCGUACCUGAUCGGCGACUUUAACAGCUGGGAUCGCGGCGCUCACCCUAUGAAAAAGAAUGAUUUUGGUGUCUUUGAGAUUACGAUUCCUGCUCAAAAUGGCCAAGCUGCCAUUCCUCACAACUCCAAAAUCAAGAUUUCUCUUGACUUGCCCAGUGGUGAGCAUGUUGAUCGGCUUCCCGCUUGGAUCAAGUAUGUGACACAGGACCUGUCUGUAUCUCCCGCAUACGACGCCCGUUUCUGGAACCCUCCAGCUUCCGAGACCUACAAGUUCAAGAACUCACGACCCAAGAAACCCGCUAGUGCUCGUGUGUAUGAAGCACACGUCGGUAUUUCGAGUCCCGACCAGCGAGUUGCAACCUACAAGGAGUUCACCCAGAACAUGCUCCCUCGUAUCAAGAACCUUGGGUACAAUGUGAUCCAAUUGAUGGCUGUCAUGGAGCAUGCGUACUACGCCAGUUUUGGAUAUCAAAUCAACAACUUCUUUGCAGCCAGCAGUCGCUAUGGAACCCCAGAGGAGCUCAAGGAGCUUAUUGACACCGCUCACGGCAUGGGUAUUACCAUGCUUCUCGAUGUUGUGCACAGCCACGCUUCAAAGAACGUUCUUGAUGGUCUGAACGAGUUCGAUGGCACUGACCAUCAGUACUUCCAUGGUGGUAGCAAGGGUCGACAUGACCAGUGGGACAGUCGGCUGUUCAACUAUGGUCACCAUGAAGUAAUGAGGUUCCUGUUGAGUAAUUUGCGUUUCUGGAUGGACGAGUACCAAUUCGACGGGUUCCGGUUUGACGGUGUGACCAGCAUGCUUUAUGUCCAUCACGGCAUGGGCACGGGCUUCUCUGGCGGCUACCAUGAGUACUUUGGCGCAGAUGUUGACGAGGAGGCUGUCGUUUACAUGAUGCUGGCGAAUGAGAUGCUGCAUCAGCUAUACCCCGAGGUCAUCACCAUUGCUGAAGAUGUCUCUGGAAUGCCCGCGCUUUGCUUGCCACUCUCGCUCGGCGGUGUUGGAUUUGACUACCGCCUUGCCAUGGCUAUUCCUGAUAUGUGGAUCAAGAUUCUGAAGGAAGUCAAGGAUGACGAAUGGGAUAUUGGCAACAUUUGCCAUACUCUGACUAACCGCCGCCAUGGCGAAAAGACCAUCGCCUAUGCUGAGAGUCACGACCAGGCCCUAGUUGGAGACAAGACUUUGAUGAUGCAUCUUUGUGAUGCCGAGAUGUAUACCAACAUGUCCACACUAUCGCCCUUGACUUCCGUCAUUGAUCGUGGUAUGGCACUCCACAAGAUGAUCCGGUUGGUAACCCAUGGACUCGGAGGCGAAGGCUACCUCAACUUUGAGGGUAACGAGUUUGGUCACCCUGAGUGGCUCGAUUUCCCUCGAGAGGGCAACAACAAUUCGUUCUGGUACGCUCGACGACAGCUUAACCUCACGGAUGAUCCUCUGCUCCGAUACAAGUUCCUCGACCACUUUGACCGCCUAAUGAACCAAACCGAAGCCAAGUACGGCUGGUUGGCGGCGCCCCAAGCCUACAUCUCACUGAAGCAUGAAGGCGACAAGGUCAUCGUAUUCGAGCGAGCUGGUUUAGUCUUCAUCUUCAACUUUCACCCAACCAACAGCUUUAGCGACUACCGUAUUGGAAUCGACGUUCCAGGAACUUAUCGUGUCGUUCUAAACACUGACCACGGAGAUGUCGGAGGCCACAACCGCAUUGACGAGAACACUAGGUUCUUCACUACACCCAUGGAGUGGAACAACAGGAAUAACUGGACGCAUGUCUACAUCCCUGCCCGAACUGCCUUGGUCCUGGCCCUUGAGUCCACGAUUUCCCAACAGUCCUAA